AUGACACUUCAAUGGACCACGGAAGCCAGCCAAGCGGCUGCAGACUUGAUCAAUGAGAACAGCAGCCUUGAUUAUGUAUUGUUCACAAUCCCAAAUCCAAAACAAUCCAAACCUGAGGUCGUCGUCGAAUCCAAAGGCAAUGGUGGGCGGCAAGCCGUCUUUGAUUUAUGCUGCAACGAAGCCUCGCAGAAAAAGGUUCUGACGGGAGCCUUUGUCGUCAGUGCCGUCGAUGAAAAGGGUUCUGUCACAAGUGUCCGUCGAAAGCUAGUCCAUGUCACUUUUGCCGGAAGUCAAGUGGGAAUCAUGACCAAGGGCAAAUUGAACGGUUGGUCGGGUCCCUUUCGGGAUCCCUUUCCAGGAUGUGCUACCUAUUUGCAACUAAUGGGAGGAGAUAUGGACGAUUUGCAAGAAGGAGACUUGGCAGCAACCUUGAUGGCAGCAGGAGGUGCAACGAGAUAUGACUUUUCGAAUCAAACGUUGCGAGGAUCACUGGGGUUGCCGGAAACGCCUGCUCCCGCUCCAGCACCGGCUCCUAUUGUAUCAAGUGGUAAGAGAUUUAAAAUGCCAGUGGCGGCCCCGGAACCAACGCCGGAACCUGCUCCAACACCGGAACCAGAACCAGAACCGGAACCUGCCAAUAUGAACAAAACGAUAACGGCCUUGCAAAAGAUGAAGGCCCACAAGCAAGCCAUGAAACGGACCUCUAAAAUGGAAAAGACUUCUCCUGAGCGACCCGUCUUGCAACCAGUCACCGUUCAAGAAAAGGAACCAACAAAACCAGAAGCACCGGAACCUGGACCUGCGCCCAAACCGCCUCCUGGUGAUCCCGACCGCCGCCAAGUUCUCAUGCUCGUGUCGACCCAAUCUGGUUCGAAUCGACAAUUGAACGAUUGCAAAGCUAGCAAGCAAAUGUUAGAGAGCAUAGGCAUCGCGCCAGUGAUUCUAGACGGUGCGGAUCCAGGAGCGAAAAAGAAGAGGGACAAGCUGUUUCGAUUGUCUGGUGUUCGAGGCAAUUAUCCACAAUUCUUUGUCGUCGAGAAAGGCAUGCUAGAAGAUAUAGACGACGAUGAAGAUGAAGGAGAAGCUACCUUUUUUGGUGACUACAAAAUGCUGAACGAAAAGAGGAAAAAUGGUACCUUGGCGAAAGACAUUGGACUAGGUGACGACAGUCUAAGUCCCCAUCCCGGACAAGAAGAAAAUACUGAAGCGAAGGCUAGCAACAAGAAAUUUAUCUUGUUAAUAUCGAGCAUGUGCAAUGCCCGGGUCAUGGCCGAACAAAAUCAUGCCAAAGCCGUCAUUGAAGGUUUGGGUAUUGACAUGACGAAACAGUUGGAACUACUGGAUGGUUGCGAUAAACAAAUGCACGAACGUAGAAAUGAGCUGUGGGGGGUUUCGGGCAUACGAGCCCAGUAUCCACAAUUGUUUACGGUGGAUGACGAUGCGAAAAUUCAGUAUGUGGGGGAUUAUGCGAAUAUCAUGUACCUGAAUGAUAAUGGAACCCUGGCGCAAGAAGUUGGAUUGGCGGCGUGA